AAUUAGGGUUGUUUCUCUUUUCCUGUUUUUGGUCUGAAGAAAGCUCUGAACUUGAACUAAACAGUUUCUUGGUUCCUGUCAUGCUAUUGACACUGAUAAUAACUCUAAAAGACUUAUACAUCUUGCCCAUGUACUCAAAGAGUACAAGAAGUGGUCAGUGAAAUUUCUCAAGUGUUAAUAUCUGCAGUCAGUGAUAUAAUGUCCGCACCUGUAGUAGACUCUAUGGCGACUCUAUCAAAAAGCCUCAUUCAAGUACCCCCGUCGGCCAUACCUGCAAUGUUGGAUUGUAUUCUGUUGUCCACUGGGUUGUCCCCACCACUGAUCUUUGCUUCACUCUCCGAUGAUUUCCCUCGCCUGCUCAAGGAUAUCAUCAUGGAGGAUGAGAAGUUGGAUUCUGAUAAUUGCCUCCAACUUAUGUCAUUAAUAGGUGCAUUUUGUCACCUUAUAAAGAAAACAAGGACCCAUCAUGAUUCUGUACAGUCGUUUACGUGGAGAUGCUUUCUUCCCCUAGUUAAGGUGCUCCAAGCAUUUCAGCGUAAUCUGCUUAAUCAGAUCAUGGAACUUUUCAUUGACGUGGUGAUGGAGACUCACACCUGGGUAGUUCUUGAGAGAACUUUGGUACCUAUUGUUUUGAGAUCAGUUUAUCUUUCCAUGGACGUGUGUCAUAAUGAAGACUCAGUUUUCAAUGACUGGAGUGGUGGAUCAUGCCCUCGGGCUUUGUAUGAUCUUUUAACUGGUUCUCCAGUGGACAAAGAUCUUAUUUCUUCUUCAAGCUGUUUUACAUUGGCGACAUCAUGCCAACUCUUGUCUGUAAUCAUGGAAGCUGCUAUUCAAUUUCAACAAACAGCUACAGUCUCUGAACCAGUUGAAGAAAAUGGGUUUUUUGCCGAUAGCUUUGUUGCUAGAUUGAUAUGGGAACUAUGUAACAUGACUGAACGAAUGCUAUUGUAUAGCCCAGAGCACAGGUCUUGUGCAGUUGGCUUUCUUCUUCCUAUCAUAGGUAAAGCACUGUCAUCCAAUUCCAUAUUCAGAGUCACCAUCUCUGGGCAGGAACAAGCUAUUUCAUGGGAGCAUUUCUUUAUUAAAUUAUGGAAUUGCUGCCGAACACUGUUUUCCAUGGGGCCUUUAGAAAGAAGGGAGGCAUAUAGUGUUCUCUCUUUGUAUUUCUCUUCCAUCCCUUAUUUAGAAGAACAUGAAGAUGCUGACACAAUCAGUAGAAUGGAACAAUUUGGCAUAAUAGCAGAAAAGGAAUUCUGGGAUGAAAUUAAGAGGGGCCUGGUGAACAAGGAGAGUUUAGUUAGGAAGCAGAGUUUACAAAUAUUGAAGAUGGUGCUAAACAUACACAGCAGAACCAAUUCUACUUCUAGUGUGUCAAAAGGGAACUCAAGUGGACAGCAUUCUAUGCCUCCUGGUGUGACAAAGAGGGGAUUGUGGGCUUACAAGGAAGCCAGAUCACUUGGUGUUGGCAACUUUUUGGCUUUAGAGGACCCGAUUUUCAACAGCAAGCAAUAUUGGGAAGCAUUUCUUCUCCUAUAUGAAAUGCUUGAAGAGUAUGGCACUCAUUUAGUUGAAGCAGCUUGGAAUCAUCAGGUGUCCUUGUUGCUUCAGUUCUCUUUGUCAUAUUUGAAGUUGGAAAGCAAUACCGGUGAAGUUCAUCAAACUCAAAUUGAAAAUCGUGGCGAAAUCUUUGAUUGGUUGUCAAUUUUGUGGGAACGAGGCCUUCAUCAUGAUAAUCCUCAUGUGAGGUGCUUGAUCAUGCAGUCUUUUCUGGAUAUCAAUUGGGAGAAUUAUGGGAACUAUCUAAGAUCAGUGCCUGAAGCUUUUAUCCUUGGGCCAUUCAUGCAAGGACUGAACGACCCCAUGCAACACAAAGAGUUUGGUGUAAAGGGAGUUUACAUGUCAAGGACAAUUGAAGGUGCAGCUCAGUUUCUGCACCAAUACACAAGUUGUCUGGCUCUGAGUUGCAGGAAAUGCAUUGGAUUUUUAUGCAAUCUAGCAUCUUCUGCAAAGCAUCAAUCUUUUGGACGAGCGGGACUGAUGGCCCUUGCUGAAUGCAUUGCUUUCGCUGCUAAUGGAAUCAAAACACAUCUUUAUUCAAGGAACGAGUCAAUUAGAGGCACUUCUCUUGUGGAAUGGGCUUCUGAAAUGGCAAGUGAAAAUGAUAAAAUAGAAUUACUGAAUGCUUUCCGAUAUGUUAUUGAGAGCAGCAAACAGCAUUUCAAUCCCAAUUACCGUCUCAAAGUUUGUCAAAAAAUCAUGGAGGCUGCUGUUUCUGUGGUGUGUGUAUUUGAUGUUCCCCUUGAGAUUCUGUUGAUUUUCAUAUCAGCAUUGCCACGAGAAUUUACUGAAUGUGGUGCAGGCCCAUUACGACUUACUGUGCAAGAAUGGCUUUUGGGCUGUCGUCACUUGGAUUAUUGUGCCAAUUGCAGCAGUAAUAUGGGGAAGCUUUGGGAAAGUCUAUAUGACUUUCCUCAGAGCUUUGUGAGUCACCAACUUGUCGUUGAUGCUUCUCUUAAUUAUGAUGAUGAAGAAUUGAGUGCAUGGGAGUUUGAAGCAAAUAGAUGGGCAAGAGUGCUUUUCCUAGCACUUCAGGAGGAACAUCGCUGGGGACCAAUUUUAAUGUUCAUUCAAAGCAUGGGUGUUACUAUUCUGAAACAGAACCAUGAUUCAAAAUACGUACCAGUCAAAUUCCUGAUUCUUGCCAUGAGCUUAGUUUUGGAGCUUCAAAGAACAAAGGAAAGAGCAGCUGAAAAUGGCAUUAAAGCCAUAACAGAUAAUUUUAGUCUUACAGAAGGCAUCUACGAGAAGUUUGUUGACAAAUUUCUUUUUAUAUUGGAGAAUAUGGUUCGGUUUGCAGACCAAUCAUGUUCCGUCUUCUGGUCUGGCUUUGUUGUGGAGGACAAAACACUACCUGGUCCAGUGAAAGGAAAGCUUGGGGGCCCUAGUCAACGACGGUUAUCCACUUUUACCACAACUGUUGUAUUACAGGCAAUAAUGUCAGUGAAGGCAUUGUCGUUGAUCUUGGCAUGCUGUACACAAAUUAAAACUGAUGCUUCUCUUGGCUAUCCUUUCACUUUUAUGUGGCAAUUCUUCUGGAGGACUACCAAAUUUCCACCUUCAUGUUCAGAGAUUGAAGCAGAAAUUCGUCUGGCAGCAUAUGAAGCAUUAGUUUUUGUUCUGAGAGUACUAGCAUCCACAUAUUUUUCUCAAUCUUUGUUUCCCAUCAUGGGAAAUGAGAAAUGGUUUUUGGAGACUGAAGGCAGGCCUCAGUUAGAUUCUAUGCUUUUGUCUUUUAUUAAAAAUAUUAACAAUCUCCUUGGAGUAGGGUUUUUGGCAAGAACACGAAGAGCUGUUUUGUUGGAUUGGAAGUGGAUGUGCAUAGAAUCUUUGUUAUCAAUUCCUUCCCGUGCUCUCAAUAACGGGAUAUGUAUGAAGGAAAGCAACUCAUUUGUCUCGGAUGGUACUGUCAGAUGCGUUUUUAGUGAUCUCAUUGAGAGCCUAGAAAAUGCUGGGGAAGGUUCUGUUUUAACAAUGCUGAGAUCAGUGAGAAUGGUGUUAGAGCUAGUUGCCAAAGGGAAGUCAAGAGCUGGUUUUUCCCCUGACAUUGAUGCCCAGAUGAUGUGGCAUUUGGUCCAUUCCUCUUGGAUAUUGCAUGUGAACUGCAACAAGCGCAGAGUUGCUUCAAUCGCUGCUCUCCUGUCAUCUGUUUUGCACCCUUCUGUUUUUAAUGAUGAGAGCAUGCAUGAAACAGAAAGCGCACCUGGACCUUUGAAAUGGUUUGUUGCAAAUCUUCUUGAGGAGGGUACCAAGAGUCCUCGAACAAUUCGUCUUGCAGCACUGCAUUUAACAGGAUUAUGGCUCUCAAAUCCUAGGAUUAUAAAAUUCUACAUAAAGGAACUGAAACUACUAACUCUCUAUGGUUCAGUUGCAUUUGAUGAGGAUUUUGAAGCUGAACUGGCUGACAACAAUGAUGCAAGGGUGGAAGUCUCCUUAUUGGCCAGAAGCCCUGAUCCUGAGCUGACUGAGGCCUAUAUUAAUACAGAAUUGUAUGCUCGAGUUUCUGUUGCUGUUCUGUUUCACAAAUUGGCUAGCAUGGUGGAAUCGUCAGCCCUAAAUCCAGAUAGCAUUGCAGCUCUAGUAUCUGGCAAAUUGUUUCUUCUAGAGCUCCUUGACUCCGCGGUGAAUGAUAAAGAUCUUGCAAAGGAGCUGUACAAAAAAUACAGUGCUAUACAUAGGCGCAAAAUACGUGUUUGGCAAACAAUUUGUGUCUUGUCAUCAUUUGUUGAGCAAGAUAUAGUCGGGAAAGUUGUCCAUUACUUGAACUUAUCACUUAAUAGAAAUAACUUACCUGCUGUUCGUCAAUAUUUAGAGACAUUUGCAAUAAACAUUUACUUGAAGUUUCCCUCACUCGUUAGAGACCAAUUGGUUCCUAUAUUGCGGAAUUAUGAUACAAGGCCUCAGGCACUCUCUUCUUAUGUAUUUAUAGCAGCUCAUGUAAUUCUUCAUUCAUCUGAAGAUGUUCAGUCCAGGCACUUGGAUGAAUUAUUUCCUCCUCUAGUUCCAUUAUUAACCUCACAUCACCACAGCUUACGGGGUUUUACCCAGUUAUUGCUGUACCAAAUUCUACAUAAACUGUUUCCAUUGUUAAAUGCUGGCUCCUCUGAGGUUUUUCUUUUAGAGAAGAGGUGCUUUGUGGAUUUGAAAACAUACCUUGCGAAGAACUCUGAUUGUGCACGCUUACGGGCAUCAAUGGAAGGAUAUCUUGAUGCAUAUAAUCCAAUUAGCUCUGCCACUCCUGCCGGGAUUUUCAUCAAUCGAGUUGAGGAAGUGGAAUUUGAAUGUGUUCCAACAUCUUUAAUGGACCAAGUUAUCACAUUUUUAAAUGAUGUUAGAGAAGAUCUACGGUAUUCAAUGGCAAAGGAUGUGGUCACUAUCAGAAAUGAGAGUUUAAGAAUAGAUGGAGAUAUAAAUGGCAUCGAAAACAUGUCUGUAAGUGGUGAAGGAACCCAGAUUAAAGACAUGUCAUCAGAUUUCCAGAAAAAGAUUACUCUGGCCAAACAUGAUGUGGGAGAAGUAGGCGUCGGGUCCUUUUAUGGGAAUGAAAAAGCCUGCAAAAAAAUAGCUGAAAUGGAAGAGGAUGAUCUCCUUCUGGAUCAGUUAUUGCAGUCUAGAAGAUUAUCUCUGGAACGGGUAAAAGCAAGUUCUCAAAAUUUCAUCCUUGUAGCAUCACUACUUGACCGCAUACCUAAUCUUGCGGGUUUAGCACGCACAUGCGAGGUAUUUAGAGCAUCAGGGCUGGCCAUUGCUGACAGGAGCAUCUUAAAGGACAAGCAGUUUCAACUUAUCAGUGUGACAGCUGAAAAGUGGGUUCCUAUAGUAGAAGUCCCCGUCAACAGUGUAAAGGCAUAUCUGGAGAAAAAGAAGAGAGAAGGAUUCUCCAUCUUAGGAUUGGAACAAACUGCAAAUAGCGUACCCCUCGAUCAGUUUAUGUUUCCUAAGAAGACAGUACUGGUUCUUGGCCGAGAGAAAGAAGGCAUACCGGUUGAUAUAAUUCAUAUUUUGGAUGCAUGUAUCGAGAUUCCCCAAUUGGGGGUUGUUAGAUCUCUUAAUGUUCAUGUCAGCGGCGCCAUUGCUAUUUGGGAGUAUACUCGGCAACAGAGAUCUCAAUAGUUCGUAGUUUCAGACUUGUUAGCUCUACCAAUACGACUAUAUAUAUAUAUAUAUAUAUGGAUAGGUUGAGAAUGGCAACAGGUGUUACAGUUAGCAGCAGAAUUCCAAGACCUUCAUUACGCAGCUUCCAGAGCAGGCCAAAAAAAAAAAACAAAGAAAACCGGAAUAUAAAAUUUUUGGCGGAUUCCACAAUAGGAUAUGUAGUGAGGAAUGUAAUCAUAGGCUGAUAUUUUCUUUUGAUCUGGUACUUUCAUUUUACCAGUUACUACCAAGUGAAUUAGCUUAAGCUGAAUCCCCAGCAGUUUUCUUGAUAAUUCCAAGGAAUAGUGGAACACUUCCUUGAGUUUUGCGGAUGCUGUGCGAGGCGCCGUUCGUUCGCAAGUUUAACAUUAUUGAGUCUCUAGUCUGCAGAGUUCGACACUAGACGGCCAUGUAGUAACAUUGUCAUCACCCUCAAUGUCAUCACUUGUGGUUCUUUAAACCAUAGCAGAUCGUUAGAUUAUAGUUUAGUAUAGAUUUAUAUAUAUUAAAAAGACAUCAUACUAUUCGUAAGUGUUCAAAUUCUGUACAAUACAUGGGAUUUACUUAACUAAUUAUUUAAGAAGCUUGUUUGAUGGUAA